AUGGCUAGGUCGCUUGCCGAACAGUUGGCAAAAUUCGCCAAUCCGGAGCCGGAGGAUUUUGAUCCCGAAGAUUUUGAGCGCAACAGUGAUGUAUCACAAUCUGACAAUGAAGAGGCUCGUGCACACUACGUCGAGGUGGGCAAAAGCCGUCUGCGUGAUGAUGGACCGCUAGUGCACAGUUCAAAAUACAAAGGCUCGAGAGUCUCCCGCCAAGAUCUCGAUACUUUCGGAGCCAGUGAAAGUGAGGAUGAUGUUGAAGAUGAAGAACUCAGUCAAGAAGAUUCCAGCCAAGAACUCAGUCAAGAACUCAGUCAAGAAUCUAGUGAUGAAGUGCCCAGUGAAGAAGAAAGUUCUAGCGAUGAAGAAGGGUCUAGUUCUAGCGAUGAAGAAGGGUCUAGUGAUAUCGAUGAGAACAGCCAUCAGAAUGGUAACGGGAAAGCCGCUGCCGUUGCCGCUAUUCUCAAAGAAGAACAGAAGCAGCUUGUAAACCGACUUUCUCAAACCGCCCAGGCAGACAUCGUCAAAGGAAAAGCAGUUCAAUCCCAAAUGUCUGUUUAUGAGGGUCUUCUGGAUGCUCGAAUUCGACUGCAAAAAAUCUUGAAUAUCAGUAACACCUUGACAGAAUCAGACCCCGAGGAGGCAAAUGAGGCAUUCGAAGCCAUACUUGUACUUUUGUCUGCUCUAUCAAAGAUUCGUCACAGCAUGCAGAAAGAAUUAUUCGACUCUAGAAAACGAAGUUUAUCGGAUUAUAUUACCGAAAGCACCCAAGCCGACGACGAGUUGGUCGAACGCCGCGAAAAUGUUCUUGGCAAAUGGAGCCGUAAAGUUCAGCUCUCCUCGGGAUCUAGUGCUCUUCAAUCUUCAAAGUUCAAAUCACUCAAUCAGUCCGCUGCCACGCAGGUAUCAAGUGUUCUCGCCGAUAUGGAUCGUUUAGUUAAGCGCACACGGACUAACCGUUCUCGCUACGAGCUGAAUGGCGAGGUUCCCGACGAAUCAGAGCUCAUUUUUGAUGAUACAGACUUUUACCGUUUACUGCUCAAGGAUUUGGUAGACAGAAGAAUGACAGAAGCUGGUAGUGGGGUUAAAUGGUCUUCCGUUAAAACCAAGGCCAAGAAAAAGGUUGACACUAAAGCAUCAAAAGGCCGCAAGUUAAGAUAUCACGUUCAAGAAGAGAUUCAGGGCUUUGAUGCCCCACGUGCUGUAUUUACCUGGACUGAAGAGCAGGCCGAAGAGCUCUUCUCGCACUUACUUGGACAGUCUAUCUCAAUGGACGAUCAAGAGCCAGAGGAAGAGAUUGAAGUCGGUGAUCUCCAGUUGUUCAGUUAA